CAAAUGUGUCCAGUUUGCUAUCUGGCUCAAGUUACUGGCUGCAUUUCUGCUCCCCAAGCAGCCUGUAUAUUCUCUCCAGUGUGAAGAGUCAACUAGAAACUCAGUUGUUCUGCUGGAAUAUCAGGAAAUAAAUGUCCCCAGGCUGGUUUGGAUUGCAAAAACCAUUGCCUUGUGAGGCAUUCAGAAGUUCUUGCAUACAUAAGCUGAUGGAAGGAAUGUGUGUGGGAAGAACACGUCUGUCUGAGGCAGAAGGUGACUUGGCUGGGUACUGAUGUUUGGAUUCAAACUUGGGCACGUCCCUAGAAACUGUCGAUCUUUGGGGGGGCAAAUCCAGAAACCACGUGGGAGCGGCCGAGCAGCGUGCCUGGGACCCCCAGGAGCCUCGGGAGCCAGAAGAGUGCUGUGCCUGCAGCGAAUGGAUAUCACACCCCUGUGACGCCCAUGCAUCAAAUGGAGCCUGGUCAUAUGAGUCUCCGAAAACCCAGCGGGGACCCCCAGAGUCCGGGGUCCCCGCGCGUGCCCAGGAGGCUGGCCAGGGAGAGCUCGCGGACGAUAAACUGCGUGACUUUUCCCCACCCAGACACAAUGCAAGAACAGCAGUUGCUGAAACCCACUGAAUGGAGCUACUGUGAUUAUUUCUGGGCUGAUAAGAAGGAUCCGCAAGGGAACAACACAGUAUCGGGGUUUGAAAUUCUGCUCCAAAAGCAACUCAAGGGGAAACAAAUGCAAAAAGAAAUGGCAGAGUUUGUUCGAGAAAGGAUAAAGAUUGAGGAAGAAUAUGCCAAGAACUUGUCCAAACUGUCUCAGAACUCACUGGCUGCUCAAGAAGAAGGCACCCUAGGAGAGGCCUGGGCCCAGCUGAAGAAAAGUCUGGCGGAUGAGGCAGAGGUUCAUCUCAAAUUUUCCUCUAAGCUCCAGAGUGAGGUGGAGAAACCACUGCUCAACUUCAGAGAGAACUUUAAGAAAGACAUGAAGAAAUAUGACCAUCACAUCGCCGAUUUACGGAAGCAGCUGGCUAGUCGCUACACAGCAGUAGAAAAGGCCCGGAAAGCCCUGACAGAGAGGCAGAAGGAUCUGGAAAUGAAAACCCAGCAGUUGGAGAUAAAGCUCAGCAACAAAGCAGAAGAGGAGAUCAAGAAAGCGAGGCGGAAGUCCACUCAGGCUGGAGAUGACCUGAUGCGUUGUGUGGAUCUUUAUAAUCAAGCCCAAUCCAAGUGGUUUGAAGAAAUGGUGACCAGCACUCUGGAGCUGGAAAGGCUGGAGGUGGAGCGGGUGGAAAUGAUUCGGCAGCACCUUUGCCAGUACACACAGCUGCGGCAUGAGACAGACAUGUUCAACCAAAGCUUCCUUGCUAGGUGGAUGUGCUAAGUCCUGGCUUUAACAAAGAAGUCAGAUCUGCCUCUUCAAUGACUGACAAGCCCCCUGCUGUUCUCACAGAUGAAGAGCUACCAAACAAGGCUGCUGAAAGAUUCCCAACCGGCUCUAAAAGCUCUCAGCUCCAUAGCCAGCAUUUCUGUGCAGCCACUCAGCACUCAGGUUGCUGUAAGCCUGCGAGGAGCUCACCCAUAGGAACACUGGGUCAGUGACUGAGACAGCCUGAGAGCUCCGGAGGCUGCAUUUUUCAAGACAAGUGAGUUAUUCUAAAAAAGCCAUGAAGUCAUGGAACAAAAUCCUAUUAAAAUAGCUGUUUUCUCCUACCAGAGUAAUUUUCUCAUAUUCAACUUUGCCUGAGUGCACAUCUGGAGCAGCUUCCCUGGAACAGCUGUGACUUUGUUUGCAAUGAGCACUAGAAGCAAACCUUCUUCAUUGCAGUGUAUAAAAGAGGGAAAUGUUUGCUUGCUCACAGGGUUAUUGUCUCAUUGUGUUUCACUUUGCUCUGCAGUUUCACACUGCUCUGUUGCUGCUUUCCAUUCGCAUGUUUCCUGCACAACAGCGUUACCAAUGUGCACAGCUGUUCUCUGGCAGAAGGUUACAUUCCUAACACCCUAUUUUAACAACAUAUCAGAUAUUUUCAAAGGGAAUUCUGACUAAAGCUUUUGGAGACGGUUAGGUCAAUUGAUUCAAAUCAGCACUAGUAAUAACUGCUCAGAGUGUCUGAGAAGGGUACUACCCAACCUCUGCAUUUCAGCAAGGUUUUAAAAAAUGGGUAAAUUGGACUCCUCGGUGCACAUAUAGAAAUACAUGAUCUGUUCUCCAGAAGUGCUGAGCAUUCACAAGUCUCUUGGAAGUAAAUGGGAGGUAAUAGGCAAAGAAUCUUUGGAAAUCAAACUACUGAUCUAGAUGCCUAAAGAAGGACUUGGUCCUAAUUAAGGCUUCUAUUUAAUAAAAAGUUGUGACCUUUCAAGUCAUCAGCAGAUGUCUUGCCACCCUAAUACAAAACCACCAGUUCUGCUACUAAUUAUGAAUGACAUUAUGGCCAAAACAAUGCUGGGAAGAAUUCAAACGGGACAAGACCCAUAAUGUACUCAUAGAGACAUACCCUACUGUUGUUCCAGCUCCUUUUCACUAUGGCUUGUGAACUGGCCUCCCUGAUACUCAGUAAUACAGAGAUUCCCUGGUCACUUCUCAAGGGUUCCUCAGGGUACUUGUGUAUGGCAACACCCAAGUCAUGUCCAAAGAUUUCCCAGGUUCCUGGGAUUGCGGUGAUGUCCAGAACCACAUCAGGCCACCGCAUGACUCAGGGUCCCACCUACACUAACCCCACCCCAGGCAAUCUCCAAGACUUGGGAGCACAUGCAUUCUUUCUCUGACAUAAUGAGGACACGUUCUUUUUCAUUAGCAUGUCUUUUCUCUGGGGAUUUCUCCUCCACACCUGCUAUCUGUGCAAUGGUCAUUACCUCAUGUUUUAAAGUAGAUCUUAUCCAUAAAGGUACGUGAUUUCUGUUUCUGAAUGCUCAGCUCCAAAUUGUUGUUUUAGACACAUUUCCACCAGAGCUGUAUCUGUUUCCAAGCAUUUUGUUCUUCGGUUUAGAUUUUCAGAUGUCACUGUCAGGGCCGGUGCAAGGAAGUUUUGCCUAGGGCGCAAAACUUCCACCUUGCACCCCCCACCCAGCUACCCCUG